UCCUCCACAUGUGCCGUUCCUCAUUUGCCGCUCAAACAGCCUCAUCGAGUCGCUCUGCCACUUUCUGUCUUUAGGAACGGAAACAGCAGCAGCGAUGGAUCGAGUGAGGUCCACCUUCAACAACCUGAUUAAAAGCGAGCGCUACAGCAGGUUCACCCUGCAGCCGGCGGAGGACGGAGAAAGACACGUUGAGGUGAAACUGUCCGACGGCGAUGCAGAUGACACCAUGGAGGUCACCACGGAGGUCCAGGGCCAGGACGGCGGCUCCCCGAGCUUUAGGCCGGCACCACCACGUCAGAGCCGGCGUCAUAUUUACUUCAUGGCCCUGGGGACCCUGCUGAUAUUUGUAACUGGUUACCUGGUUGGUUACAUCAGCUACCGUAAAGUGGAGCCACUGAACACAGAGCCAGGGACCACAGGAAGUCCAGUGCCAGCGACCCCGCCCCAGUUUGUACCGGUGAUACCGCCCCGUUUUGUACCAGCUCCAGAUUUGCCGCUGCAGUGGAAGGACAUCGCCCGACUUCUGACGCAGAAACUCAGCAGCCAGGCCUUCGACAAGAGUCUGAGGGACUUUGAUCUGCCCAGACGUUCGGCAGGAAGUGUGGAUGAUGCAGCUCUGGCGAUCCGCAUCUCUGAGGAAUUCGAGCAGCUGAAAAUGGUCCCGUGGACGGACGUCCACUACGUCCAGCUGCAGACACCGGACAGCACACGUCCAAACCGUGUCCUCUUUGGGUCGGAUGUCUUCGAACCUGCCGGGUAUCUGGCCUACAGCAAGACAGGGACAGUUCAGGGUAAACUGGUUUAUGGAAACUACGGUCGUCAGGAGGACCUUGAAGUUCUGCAGAAGAAGAGCAUUGAGCUGAAAGGCAGCGUCCUGCUGCUCCGCAAAGGAAAGAUCUCGUUUGCAGAACAGGUGGAUAAUGCUGAAAGAAAAGGAGCCGCUGCUGUUCUGAUCUACCCCGACUCUCAAGAUUACAAUUAUCAAGCGGACACAGAUCUAUAUGGACACGUCCACCUGGGUUCAGGCGACCCGUACACGCCGGGAUUCCCCUCCUUCAACCACACCCAGUUCCCCCCGACUCAGUCGUCUGGCCUCCCCAAGAUCCCAGCCCAGACCAUCACCGCCAACAUGUCCACUAGGCUUCUCCAGAAUAUCGGUGGCCCUGAGGCGGAUGCGAGCAGCGGUUUCAAAGGCGGCUUCGGCUCUGUGUCUUACCGACUGGGAGGCAUCGAGGACGUCACCGUGGAAGUGAACAACGUGCUGGUCAACACGAAGAUCCGCAACGUGUUCGGAGUCAUCAAAGGAUUCAUCGAUCCUGAUCGCUACGUGGUCCUGGGAGCUCAGAGAGACGCCUGGGGUAGCGGCUACGCCCGAGCCGCUGUCGGCACGUCUGUACUGAUGGAGCUGGCCAAGGCGGUGAAAGAGAUGGUGAAAAACGAAAGAUUCAGGCCGAGGAGAAGCAUCGUGUUUGCGAGUUGGAGCGCUGGAGAGUACGGAAAUGUGGGUGCCACCGAGUGGUUGGAGGCUUAUAUGUCCUCCAUUGACAAAAGUGUUUUCACCUACAUUAGCCUGGAUGGAAUAGUGAUGGGUCGAGGCAGCUUCACGGCCUCAGCUAGUCCCCUGCUCCACAGCCUCAUUGAGGACACGAUGAAAAGGGUGAAGAGUCCAAGCAGCUCUGGAACCGUCUACGACAUGAUGGGACAAAGCAACUGGGAGGAAAACACACUGAAGCCGCUGUCAGUGGACGACCCCGCCUACACCUUCGUGGCUUUCUCUGGAGUUCCUGCUGUGUCUUUCCACUUCAUCUCUCCCAAUACCGAGUCCUACUCUUACUACGGCACCAACCUGGACAACAUGGAUCACCUCAACUACCAGACCAACCACCGCACCAGUGAGAUGGCGGCGGCGGCGGCCCAGUUCGCCGGCCUCAUGGCCUUGCGACUGGUCCACGACCACCUGCUCAGUCUGGACGUGACCCGAUACACCGACGUGGUCGAUACGGCUUCGAUUCAGGUCUACAAACGCAUCAACCAGCUCGUACAGUCCGGUCAGCUGAAGGGCGUGAGCACCACCUGGCUGAGCAGCGCACGAGGCUCCCUGAACAGGGCCGCAGCGAGCAUCAGCAGGACCAUCGCCAACAGUGACCUAGAAAACCAGAAGAGCUGCCGGACCAUCAACGACAGGAUCAUGAGGGUCGAGCGAAACCUCCUCUCUCCGUACACGUCGCCCACUGAGACUCCCUUCCGCCACCUCCUGCUGGGCCGCGGCCCCCACACGCUGGCGUCCCUCGCCGAGGCCACGGACAUGAAGCAGCUCCGCGUCCAGCUGGCCCUGGCCACCUGGAACCUGCAGGGGUGUGCUCACGCCAUGGUGAAUGACAUCUGGGAGAUCCAUGACACGAUCUGAAGAGGAGGGUGCGGAGAUGCAAGUGUGGGUGCGUGUGUGACUGUGUGUGGUUGAAAUGAACUUUCAGGUAGAGCGGAGGAAGGAGCUCCAGUAUCAGCACAUCGAGCUCAGGCUGUCAAUCUGAGGUCCUGCUCUUUAAAUACAUGCUUAUAUUUAAUGAGGGGAAAGAUUAUCGACGAGGAGAUGGAAGUUUUUAAAAAGUACCCAAAAAAAAAAGUACUCUGUACUUCUGAAAACCCCCCCAAUCACAUCGCACUUGUACGAGCAUUUUAGCAGUGACCUGUAAACACGGAGAAAUCUCAUUUAUACUUUAGUUUUAUUUAUCAGUGGCAGUGCCCACUAUAAAGUUAUCGUUUGUCUUUUUAUACGACGUUAUCGGAAGCAGUGCCUUCCAUAAUUAUGACGGUUAUACUGUCGGAUUCUACGGCAGCAUCUGCUACACCAACGACUCCUCGGCUGUUGCUGACAAAGUGGAGCCCCGGGUAAAGUUCGGCUUUUUCUUUUUUGGCCUUUGUUUCUUUUCUCCAAGAGAGUGUGCACCAUUGAUAUAGUAGUUUUAUAAAAUUACAUCUAUGGCGCUUUGCUCUGUCAUCAAAACAACUUUAAAAAGAGAGAAACUAAGGCCAGAUAUAAGGACAUAUUUAUUUAUAUGAAACAAGCCCGUAGACGAAAUAUGCUUUUCUCUCGAGCCUCGUUUAGCGGAACUUUUUGCGAGGAAGCCAUUUAUGUUGACUUUAGAGCACUUAAUAUCGUGACGUUAUCGGGAGCAGUGCCUUCCAUAAUUUAUUCCCAUUAUCGGAAGCAGGGUCUUCCAUAAUGACAAGCAGUGAUGGUAGUUUUUGUCUACCAGUGUGUGUGUGUGUGUUUGACAGUACAUGUGUAUUUAUCGGGAGCAGCGUCUCUCAUAUUUCACUUCAAGGGUGGAACAACUUGUCGGGGACAGUGUUUCCCAGAGUUUUAUUUUUUACAUAUUUAUUUGUUUUUAUUUUUGGUGUGUGUGUGUUUUUUUUGUGACGCAGUCCCCCUGACCUCCAGAGUGCACAUGCUUCUGAUUUCUUUAUUUGCUUGUGCUUUAAUUUCUGAUGCAUACUAUGAUCUUAACACAACAGAACCUGAUGUGCCCCAUAAUGACAGGAUUCAAAUUACACAGGGAGCUGGAAUUAUUUACUGCUCUGUGAUGUAACUGAUAUAUGCCAGUCAGGACAAAGCCACAAGCCUCCACAUGGGGGCACUGACGAGCUGAAAAGUGGGAGGAAAAGAUUCUUGGCUAUGAAGUUAAGACAAAUAUUAAACUUCUCUUAGCCAUAAUUUAAUCCAGUGAAUCCAAAAGCGAAUUUAGCCUAAUUUAAAUGGCACCAGACAUGAAAUCAAACCAAUCAAAGCUCAAGUUAAGGCCCAGGAGAGAAGAAUACCAGUGUCUUGCUCCACUGAUAGAAGGAGGAAGCAUCACACCACCUCCCUGUUAAAGUAAGGAAAGCACCAUGAAUGGGGCUUCAGACUUUUGUUAUGUUUUGCAAUCAAGCAGCUCAGUACACACACAGUAGAAUAGUAUAGCGUAUAAUAUGAUAUAUCAUGGUACUAUAGCAAAGUAUAGUCUGCAACAUACCUGCUCUGUCAGUCUAGUUCUCUCGCUUUGUGUUUGUGACUUUAAAAUGACCACAGAUAAAACAUAACUGUCUCUGCAUGUGUUUUUUAAUCCAUUCUUCCACUUAACCUGCAUGUUACUGGGUUUCUUUACUGAGGUGAAGCUCAACCGACAUGAACCAAAUUACAAACCUGACAAAACCUUCCUUCAAAUUAAAGUUCAACCAACUCGUUCUGUUUCUACUGAUACACACAGUAUGGGGCUGUUGUUACUCUAUUAACACUUUCUUUCUAUAAAGGUUGGACAAUCAGUGUUUUCCCUGGAAUAAAAAGAAAUAGAACAUUAUCUAUAACUGAUAUUCCAAAUAAGUGGAGCUUUUAGAUGAAUAGAAGUGUAAAUCCCUAAAUAUGUACUACAUUUAAAAUCUGCUUUAUUUAGUUACACUCACCCAACAAGGUCCCUGUGCUGCAUUAUUCAGAUGAUUUGAUCAGCCUCUGCUGUUUUCUCACGUCAGUUCUGUUCAGCUUGUCACUGUUUUCCUUUGGGACUUUGGUUACAACAAUCAGAAAGAAAAUGUUCAGAAACUGGAUUUCACUAAAAGUUAAACAGUAUCUGAACCUUUUCAGUUCCUGCACUUAAACCAUUUUGCAAUAAUGUUUCUUUGAUUCACUCAUUCUGCAGAAAAUAGAAAUAAAUCCUCCUGCUAAGCAUCAUGUGCAUGUGUCUCAGUUCAGUGUUCUGCUUCCUGUGGCCUGCCUUUCAAAUUAAAUGCACCAUUUUCAC